UGGUGGCAGCUCCCCUACUACUGGGCAGGCAUCAAGAUGUAUGAUCUGGUCUCGGGCGGUCAGAUUUUAAAAUCAAGCUAUUUUGUGAGCAAGUCGCAGGCUUUGGAAAAGUUUCCUUUGUUGAAGAAAGACAAACUGGUUGGCGCCUUGGUGUACUAUGACGGUAACUAG